AUAAUAUUUAAUAUGAAAUUUUAAAUGUUGUUGAUCUUCCAUUGUUUACUAUUUUAAAGGAAAAUAAUGUUGUUGGCUGCUUGUCUGAAACUUUGGAACCAUAUUUUAUUUUUCUUCAAAAAAAAUUCUCCCUCUGUAUCACCCUCUCCAACUCCCUGUGUUAAUAUUUUGGGUUAACAUAUUUGUAAUAUAUUUUUCUAUCUAGAUAGUAAUGGCAGUUUAUUUGUUCUUCUGCCUGUAAAAUAGAGAUCUAAAAGUUUAGAAUGUAAAUGUUUUUAUAUGCAAUCAAAUAUAUUUCUGAUAGUAAAUGGGACAUUGACAAUGGAAACACAGAAAGUUUUUGCUCUGGCAUAUCUAUGCUGGAUUGCUUGCCUUUUACCUGUUAUCUGCCAGGAGGAUUUCAACACGGUUGGCUCAACUGUGGAACGCACUGCCUACCAUUUUCAACCUCCAAAAAACUGGAUGAAUGAUCCAAAUGGGCCCAUGUUUUAUAAAGGACUGUACCAUUUGUUUUACCAGUACAAUCCUAAGGCAGCUGUAUGGGGCAACAUUGUGUGGGGGCAUGCUGUGUCAAAGGAUCUUAUUAAUUGGAAAUCACUAGAAUUUGCAAUCAUUCCGAGUGAAUGGUAUGAUAUAAAGGGUUGUUGGUCUGGCUCUGCUACACUUUUGUCUGGAGAGAACCCUGUGAUUCUUUAUACAGGAUGGGACAACUCCUCUAGACAGGUCCAGAAUAUGGUUGUUCCUCAAAAUUCAUCUGAUCCCUACUUAAGGAAAUGGAUGAAGAUCCCUGAGAAUCCAAUUAUAGUUCCAGACAAUGGAAUUAAUGGGAGCUCUUUCAGAGAUCCAACAACUGCCUGGCUUGGCAAAGAUGGGAGAUGGAGAAUUCUUGUGGGUAAUAAGGAGGAUCAACAUCAUAAUGGAAGGGCCCUCCUUUACAUAAGCAAAGAUUUUGUUCACUGGACCAAAAAGAAGCACCCUCUCCAUUCUUCCAAAAAGACAGGAAUGUGGGAGUGCCCUGAUUUUUAUCCUGUUGCUAAAUUGGGAAAGCUUGGACUGGAUACUUCCACCAAUGGUCCUGAUGUUAAGCAUGUCUUGAAGGUAUCCCUUGAUGAUACAAAAUAUGAGUAUUAUACAGUUGGAACCUAUUUCACAGGCAUUGAUAUAUAUGUUCCAGACAAUACUAGUGCAGACAAUAAAUAUGGAUUGAGAUAUGAUUAUGGAAAAUUCUAUGCAUCCAAAACCUUUUUUGAUAAUCAUAAGAAAAGAAGAAUCUUGUGGGGAUGGAUCAAUGAGUCAGACAGCAUGCAGGAUGAUAUUGCAAAGGGAUGGUCUGGUGUGCAGGCCAUCCCAAGAACAAUCUGGCUAGACAAUGCCUCCAAAAGCCAGCUGGUGCAGUGGCCAGUUUCAAAGUUGGAGUCCUUGCAUGGACAUAAAAUCUACAAAGAAAACAUCAAUCUUGAUACUGGAUCCACCAUAGAAAUUGCAGGGCUGACAGCUGCACAGGCAGAUGUAGAGGUUUCCUUCAAUCUACCAAGUCUUGCAGACGUAGAAAAGAUGGAUGCCAAUUUAGAUGCUCAGCAACUGUGCAGCCAGGAUGGAGCAGCUACCAAGACCAUAGUUGGUCCAUUUGGGCUUUUGGUUUUGGCUUCUAAAGAUUUGGCCGAACAAACAGCUGUUUUCUUUAGGGUUGGAGUACAUCAAAACAAGAUGAAAGUUCUAAUGUGCAGUGACCAGAGCAGAUCAUCUUUGAAAACAGAUGUUGAUAAAACAACUUAUGGAAGUUUUGUUUCUUUUUCCUUCAACCAAAAGAGUAUCUCUCUAAGAGUACUGGUUGACCAUUCAAUUGUAGAAAGUUUCGGAGAAGGGGGAAAGACUUGUAUAACAGCCAGAGUUUAUCCUAAUCAGGCAAUUGGAGAAGAUGCUCACCUUUACUUAUUCAACAAUGGCGUUUCUUCUGUCACAGCUAGUAAAUUGACAGCAUGGGACAUGGUGUCCUCUCAACAGCCUAGCCAUACAAUAAGGGCCUAUGAAUUAUAGGCCUAAGAGUAAGAGUUAAACCACCCACAUUCCUUAAUGUUGUCGGGAGCCUGUUCAAAUUGCAUGGGUGACCCAUAGAAAAAUUUAAUAUAGGAAAUAGAUUUCUUGUAAGAACGAUUGAAAAUUGGAGCACUUGAUUGUUGAGCUAACAAUCAUUCAAGGAAAAGUUUGAAAAUAGGAGAGGCAAGUUUAACACUCCAUAGCAACUUGAAGCUUUACAAAUGGUGACUUGACCUGUUUAUGCUUUGCAUAAAUUGUUGGUGGUCUCUGAUUUGUAUGUGGUAUUCUUUAUUCAGAGUUAUUUGUAAUGUGAAGUGU